CCAGCUAAUACCACUAAAAAACCAAUGGGAAGACUUAAACAAGAGAAAAAGUUUUAAAAGGCAAGUAACUGAAUAUUGCACCGAGCAUAAAGGAAAAACUUUUGAAGCAGAAAAACAGCCGACUUGA